CGAAGGGCUCUGUGUUUCUCAUGGGGGCUUAGCCGGCACUCCACGAGAACGGAGCGCGCCGACAGUACGACUAUCGCGUUCGCGGGAACAACGACUUUUCGCGCUCUGUAAACCGAAACGAAACGUGUUCAGCAUCCCGGAUUUGAAAAAUCAGCGCGCGGACAACGUGACUCGAGACUUCAUUGUUCCUUCUGUUGCCAGGGAAUUGUAAAUUAUCCAAAUCGACGGGGUAAGGACGGUGACGACAUGGCGCACCCGAGGAAAUUAAAGAACUGCAUGUCGGGGAACAUGCUAACGAUGCUGACCGUGUCUGGUGUUUUCGCUGGUGUCGUUCUCGGUUUCAUCCUGAGAAACUCGAGGAGCGAGCCCUGGACGAAACGCGAGAUAAUGUACAUCCAGUUUCCAGGCGACAUUUUCCUGCGGAUGCUGAAGGGCCUUAUUUUACCAUUGAUCGUCGCCAGUAUCGUGAGCGCGAUCGGCGGAUUAGAUCUGAAUUUAUCUGGAAGGAUCGGUAUACGAUCGAUUUAUUAUUAUGCGUCGACAACGAUAUCCGCCGUGGUUCUUGGUAUAAUACUCGUUUUGAUUAUUAGGCCUGGAGAGUUUAGUCAUCAUAGCUUAACUACAAAUGACAAUAUAAAACCACCUAGGAAUGUUACGACCGUAGAUACGCUACUAGACUUAAUCAGGAAUGUGUUCCCUCCCAAUCUUGUACAAGCUUGUAUUGCUCAAUACCGUACGAUAUUAGUUGAGCCGAAAAAUGCAACAGAAGGAACCACUUUACAAGAUUGGGAAAUAUCUAGUACGUAUGGAGAUGGUACAAAUACUUUAGGUUUGGUAGUUUUUGGAAUUGUAUUCGGAAUAGCUAUUAGCAAAAUGGGCGAGGCUGGGAAGCCCUUGUUGGCCUUCUUUGAUACUUUGUCCAUAGCAUCUAUGAUUAUCACUAAAUGGGUGAUAUGGUUGUCCCCAAUUGGUGUACUCUUCCUUGUUACCUCUAAACUCUUGGAAAUUGAAGACAUUGGUGCCAUUGUUGGACAACUGGGUUUAUAUUUCAUCACAGUAUUAUUGGGUUUGAUUAUUCACGGCUGUGGAACUCUUUCUAUCAUAUUCUUCAUUUGCACCAGAGAAUUGCCAUUUAAACUGCUCGCGAAAAUGGGUCAAGUUUUGGCCACUGCAUUUGGUACUUCAUCUAGCACGGCAACCCUUCCAGUAACAAUACAGUGUUUAGAUGACAUUGGUGUAGAUCCUAGAAUCACAAGAUUUGUUGUGCCAAUUGGUGCCACCAUAAACAUGGAUGGAACUGCAUUGUAUGAGGCUGUUGCAGCCAUCUUUAUAGCUCAAGUUAGACAAAUCCCGAUGACUCUCAGCAGUGUUAUUGGUGUUAGUAUAACUGCUACUGCAGCAAGUAUAGGAGCUGCUGGUAUUCCACAAGCUGGUCUUGUUACAAUGGUCAUGGUUUUAGAUACUGUAGGUUUGCCUGCUGAAGACGUAACACUCAUUAUUGCGGUUGACUGGCUCUUGGAUCGUUUUCGAACAACAAUAAACGUUAUAUGCGAUGCACUUGGAGCUUACGUUGUUGAACAUAUGAGCAAAAAGGAACUCGAGGCAACUGGCAAUAUCGCAGAAGAAACAGUUGAAUUAGCCAGAAUUAGGGCAGCCGAAGCAUAAAUUGUCAUCUUUCCUCUUGCUACAAUUUUGCCAUGAUAUUACGUAAACACAAUUUUACUGUGUUUAUAUCACUUUUGUAUCCUUCAUAGUCAAUUAUUUGUAUUAAUGUAUACUCAUGCUGGGUGCAAAACUUAUUUUAUAUAGUAAUCUAUACAUAUUUGUAUAAUUGCUGGAUAUUGCUACAGCAGGACACUUACUUAAAGAUUUAAAAGAACAAGAUUAAGCACUAAUGUACUUUAAAAGAUCCAUCAUCCAUUUCGAUUUUAUCAUAAAUAUACCAAAAUACGUUAUUUUUGUUUUCUCUCUUUUUGUAAUAACGUUUUAUUGUAGAUGUGUUCUUGUAU